AUGAAACAUAAUUAUUUUGUUGUUCUUUUUUUAUUUCUUUUCACAAUUAUUUUUUGCAAGCCAAUUUUUAGAAAUGGAAAGAACACCCACAACAAGCUUCUUGUCAUAUCCUUUGAUGGAUUUCGCUGGAAUUAUGACCAAGAUGUUGACACUCCACUAUUGGAUUACCUGGCUGAAAUAGGUGUGAAAGCAAAACACGUGACCCCACCAUUUGUAACAAUGACAUCUCCAUCUCAUUUCACUACCAUCACUGGACGCUGGAUGGAAGAUCAUGGUGUCAUCCAUAAUCUAAUGCAUAAUCCUGAAACUCUGGAAAAGAUUACCUUUAAGAAAACGCAAAACAUGUCUGAAUGGUGGGAUAAUGGUGUAUUGCCUUUGUGGAUUACUGCACAAAAUCAGGGGUUAAGAGCUGGUUCUCUUCAUUUUCCAGGAGGAAAUGCUAAUUACAGUGGAAAAACGGUGUUUAAAGCUUUGGCAGAGUUGUCAGACCACCCUGACAGUGAUGAGCAGGAAUGGAGAGAUAACAUAGAUAUAGUUAUGAAAUGGUUCACUGAUGAUGGUCUUGACUUUGUAACCCUUUACUAUGGAGAGCCUGACAAAACCGGCCACUUAUGGGGUCCAGAAACUGAGCAGAGGAAAACAAUAAUAAAGCAAAUAGAUCGAACCAUUGGUUAUCUCUUAAAUGCCAUUGAGAACAACAACUUAAAAAGCAAAUUAAAUGUAAUUAUUACAUCUGACCAUGGCAUGACAACUGUUAAAAAAGAACCUAAUGUAACAGAAGAGAUUAGACUGUCCAAGUACAUUGAUUUUAAAGACAUUGUGAAGUUUGACAUAUUGGACUAUGGUGGCUUUGGUAUGAUUUUACCAAGAGAAGGUCGAGAAGAAGAACUGUAUCAAAAACUUAAAGAUGCACAUCCUCAUUUAAAAGUAUAUAGGAAACAGGAGUUCCCAGAACGCUUCCAUUUUUCCAAACACAGCCGAAUAUUACCAAUUCUGCUUUAUGGAGAUCUCGGCUACUCCAUUCUGCAGAGAGUGAUUUUUUAUGUUAACAAGGGAGAUCAUGGAUUUGACAACUUAGAAAUGGACAUGCAAAUGAUAUUCCGAGCAUUUGGUCCAGAUUUCAAGAAGAAUUACACUUCUGGACCCUUUGAAAGCAUACAUAUAUACCCUCUAAUGUGUGAACUUUUGGGUAUUAUUCCUGAGCCCCACAAUGGUUCCCUCGCAAUUACCGAAGAUUUACUUGCAGUUUCAAAUGACCUUGAGGACCAACCCAAAAACCAGAAAAGUAAGUAA